AUGUCUCAUGAAGACAAGGAGGCGUGGAACAAAGCAAUGCAAGAAGAGAUGAAGUCUUUGCAAGAGAAUCACACCUAUGAUUUGAUGAAACUACCCAAAGGAAAAAUAUCACUUAAGAACAAGUGGGUCUACAAGUUAAAGACGGAGGAAACUAGUUCAAAGCCUCGGUUUAGGGCGCGACUAGUUGUGAAGGGUUUCAACCAAAAGAAAGGUGUUGACUUUGAAGAAAUUUUCUCUCCCGUGGUGAAGAUGUCCUCUAUCCGAGUUGUGCUUGGGUUGGCUGCAAGUUUGGACUUGGAAGUUGAACAACUCGAUGUGAAGAUGGCGUUUCUUCAUGGUGACUUAGAGGAAGAAAUUUACAUGGAUCAACCGGAAGGGUUUGAGGUUAAAGGCAAAGAAGAUCUUGUACGCAGAUUGAGAAAGAGCUUAUAUGGGUUGAAGCAAGCACCAAGGCAAUGGUACAAGAAAUUUGACUCAUUCAUGGUGAAAAAUGGGUAUGCAAGAACUACCUCCGAUCAUUGUGUGUUUGUGAAAUACUUUGCUGAAAAUGAUUUCAUCAUUCUCUUGCUUUACGUGGAUGACAUGUUGAUCGUGGGUCGGAAUGUUGGAGAGAUUGAUAGAUUGAAAAAGGAUUUGAGUAAAUCCUUUGCCAUGAGAAUCUCUAGGGAUCGAACGAAUGGAAAAUUUUGGUUGUCUCAAGAAAGGUAUAUUGAAAGAUUUCUUGAGCGGAUUAACAUGAGCAAGGCUAAGGCGGUUAGUACUCCACUUGGAGGACAUUUCAAGUUGUGUGUGAAGCAUUGUCCUACAAGUGAUGAAGAGAAAGAAGCAAUGAAGAAUGUGCCUUAUGCAUCAGUUGUUGGAAGCUUGAUGUAUGCCAUGGUUUGCACAAGGCCGGAUAUUGCUCAUGUCGUUGGGAUUGUUAGUCGGUUUCUUUCCAAUCCGGGGAAAGAACAUUGGAGAGUAGUGAAGUGGAUUCUUCGCUACUUGAGAGGUACUUCUAGAGUGUGUCUAUGCUUUGGUAAUGACAAGACCAUACUUGAUGGAUAUGCCGAUGCUAACAUGGCAGGUGAUGUGGACUCUAGAAAGUCGAAUUCUGGAUACGGGUUAAUUACAAGUUUGGUCACUUAG